CUAAAUUUUUGUAUUUCUUUUGUUUAAAAAACUGUGAAUUUAUAUUUGAAAAGUAAAUAAACUUUUAUAAAAAGUUGUAUGAUUACAGUUUUGAUUCUUUCAUUCCAACGAACUUUAAAAGCUUCCAGUGUCAGUAAAAACGUGAAAAUAUAGCAGAAUAAUUUGUGUAAAUCGCCGACGGACAGCUUAUUACUCAAAUAUACUAAGGAAACGAUCGAAUAAUGCACAUAACAGGAAAGGAAUGUCGCACUUAUUUACUACAGAAGAAAAAUUUGCCUAUUCGUACCGUUCCGGCCUUUACUUAUCAAGCACUGCAGAAGAAUACAAUUGUUGAGCCACCACCAAAAAUCUAUAUAUACAAGAAACGUCCUGUUAAGGAAACACUUUUCAAAAUGUAUUUCCGACGUGGUGACAUACCGGUCGCCAAGCGAAUUAAAGGUAGCGGAAAGGGUAUUCAAGGGACUGUGAAGUGGUUUUGUGAGCCUAAGGAACUCGACUACUGCUACUAUUUGCCAAUAUUUGUCGAUGGUCUGGCGGAUAUUGAUAUAGACAUACGUUCACUAGCACAGGAAGCUGCAAUGGAUUUAAUACUUAAAGCGCCCCAUAAAAUUUUGCCAGUUCUGCCCAAACUGAUACUCCCAUUCAAAAGAGCUUUCAACACGCGUGAUAAACGAAUAAUAAUAUCAGCACUAAAGGUCUUGCAAACUAUGGUUUUAGUUGGACCUUGUGUGGGUCAAGCUCUCGUACCAUAUUAUCGCCAGCUGUUGGCCGUAUGCAAUUUAUAUAAAAAUAUUAAUGUUAAUCUCGGUUCCGGUGUUGAUCCUGACCGUAGUCGUCGCAUCGGCGAUGUUAUUGAAGAUACACUCUCUUUGCUUGAAACAUGUGGCGGGCCCAAUGCAUUCAUCAAUAUAAAGUACAUGAUUCCUACUUAUGAGAGUAGUACCCAUCCGAUAUGUGAGCCGUCGGCAGAAAAGCCUGCUUCAUAAAGCAUACAAAAUAAGUAGAGUUUUUUAAUAGUGCAAUAAUGUAGGUAUACGAGAGAGCAAGCAAGCAUUAAAGCCAUUGAUAAAAUAAUAUUUUAUGUUAAUUAUUUUAUUAAUGGCUUUUAUAUACCUUGCUUAUUUCUGAACAGUUAAAAUAUUGUAUAUCUAGCUGGAUAUUAUAUUUUUUAUAAGAAUUUAGUGCACUUAUUGUCAUGAAUAUC